AUGGCUCCAUAUCAGUAUAACGUUAUAGUUGGUGACCCAGAAAAUGAGCAUGAAACUGCUCCAAGAAGAAACCAACGAUCUGCCAAAGCACCAGUAACAACUCCAAGAGACAUCCAGUGUGAUUCGGUUUUUGAACUGGUUACAGAAUGUUGCAAACGUUACAAGAAUAAUAAUUGCAUGGGCUGGAGAAAUAUAACUGAUAUCCAUGAAGAAACAAAGACCGUUACUAAAACUAUCAAUGGUAAAAAACAAGAUGUCGAAAAGACUUGGUUAUAUUAUGAAUUGACUCCUUAUCAAUAUAUUAAAUUCUCUCAACUAGAACAAAAUAUGAUCUAUUUAGGGAAGGGUUUAGUUCACAUCGGAUUGACUCCUGCCAGUAAUGAUAAGUUGCAUAUCUAUGCUUCUACUUCUCAUAAAUGGAUGCAAAUGUAUUUGGGUUCCCAAUCUCAAAAUAUUCCAAUUGUCACUGCUUACGAUACGUUAGGUGCAAAAGGGUUGAUUCAUUCCAUUCAACAAACCGAAUCUUCUGCAAUUUUCACUGAUAAUGCGCUUUUACCAACUUUAAUAGAACCAUUGAAGACAUGUUUGAAUAUAAAAUAUGUGAUCCAUUCAGAAAUUAUUAAUCCAAAUGAUAAGAGACAAAAUGGUAAGAUCUUUAAGUCUGCCAAUGAAGCAAAGGAAGAAAUAUUAAAACUACGUCCAGAUAUCAGAUUUUAUUCGUUUGAUGAAAUUUUACAAUUUGGUAAAGACAAUAAUGAUACCAUUGAAAUCCAUAAGCCAAAACCACAGGAUUUGUCUUGUAUCAUGUACACUUCGGGUUCUACCGGUGAUCCAAAGGGUGUUGUCUUAACUCAUGCUAAUAUUAUUGCUGGUGUCGGUGGUGCUGAUGUUCCGGUGUCUCGUUUCGUUCAACCAACGGAUAGAUUAAUUUGUUUCUUACCAUUAGCACACAUCUUCGAAUUAGCAUUCGAAUUAUUAUCCAUCUUAUGGGGUUCUUGUAUUGGUUAUGCCAACGUUAAAACAUUGACCAAAACAUCGGUACGCAACUGUGAGGGUGACCUAGUAGCUUUCAAACCUACUAUUAUGGUAGGUGUUGCAGCAGUAUGGGAAACUGUAAAGAAAGGUAUUAUACAACAAGUUAAUCAAUUGCCUAUGCCUAUGAGAAAAAUAUUCUGGGUUGCUUAUCAUACGAAGAGUGGACUAGAUCGUUUUCGCUUGCCUGGUGGUGGGUUAAUUGCAUCUUUAAUCUUUAAAAAGAUUAGAGCUGCUACUGGUGGGAACUUGAGAGUAGCUUUAAAUGGUGGAUCUCCAUUAAGUGAAAGUACCCAAAGAUUUUUAACUAACUUGAUUUGUCCAAUAUUGAUUGGAUAUGGUUUAACCGAGACUGUGGCAAAUACUUGUAUUUUGGAUCCUGCAAACUUUGAAUUUGGUGUGGCUGGUGAUUUAACUGGUUCUGUUACUGUAAAAUUGGUAGACGUGGACGAAUUAGGCUAUUUUGCUAAGAAUAAUCAGGGUGAGAUUUGGAUUAAGGGUGCAUGUGUUACAUCUGAAUAUUAUAAAAACCCAGAAGAAACUGCAAAGGCAAUCACCAAGGAUGGUUGGUUUAUGACCGGUGAUAUUGGUCAGUGGGAACCAAAUGGUCAUUUGAAAGUUAUUGAUAGAAAGAAAAAUCUAGUAAAGACUUUGAAUGGUGAAUACAUUGCAUUGGAAAAAUUAGAAUCAAUUUAUAGAUCCAACCAAUAUGUCCAAAAUAUUUGUGUAUAUGCUGAUCAAACUAAAGUUAAACCAAUCGGGAUCAUUGUUCCAAAUCACAAGCCAUUAAUUGCAUUGGCUAAGAAAUUAAAUAUCAUUUCAUCCAAUGAUAAGUUGGAAGAUGAAGAAGAAAUUGGACAUCAUUUUCAAGAUUCAAGAUUACAAAAUGCUGUUUUACAGGACUUAUUAGCUACUGCAAAAGAACAAGGACUUGUUGGCAUUGAGUUGAUUGCAGGUUGUGUAUUUGCUCCUGAAGAAUGGACUCCACAAAACGGCUAUGUUACAUCUGCACAAAAAUUAAAAAGAAAAAAGAUUUUAGAUGAGGUUAGGGAUCAAGUUGAGAAAGUUUAUGCCUCUAAUUCUUGA